GAGGAGGAAGAGGAAGAGGAGAAGGAGGACAGAGUGAACUUGGCUGAAGCCUCCCUGCUGAACAAGCUGAUCCGCACCUCCCUGGUGGAGUCCAGCCACAACGUGGAGAUCCUGCAGCAGGACCCUCGCUCCCCACUCUUCUCCAUCAAAACCUUUGAAGAGCUGUCCCUGAAGAAGGAGCUUCUGGAGGGGAUUUAUGCCAUGGGCUUCAACAGACCCUCCAAAAUCCAGGGCACCGCUCUGCCCAUCAUGCUGGCAUACCCGCCCCAAAAUCUGAUUGCCCAGAGCCAGUCAGGGACAGGGAAAACAGCAGCGUUUGCCCUGGCCAUGCUGAGCAGAGUCAAUGCUGCCGAGAAGCACCCACAGUGCCUCUGCUUGGCCCCCACCUACGAGCUGGCCCUGCAGAUCGGGCAGGUGAUCGAGAGGCUUGGGCAGUACUGCACUGACACCAGGGUGACCUACGCCAUCCGCGGCAACCGUGUCCGGCAGGGCACGGUGUCCAAGGAGCAGAUUGUGGUGGGCACCCCGGGCACCACGCUGGACUGGUGCUUCAAGCUGAAGGUGGUGGACCUGCAGAGGAUCAGGCUGUUCGUGCUGGACGAGGCAGACAUCAUGAUCGACACCCAGGGCCUGUCCUGCCAGAGCAUCCGCAUCCAGAGGGCUUUACCCAAGAGCUGCCAGAUGCUGCUCUUCUCAGCCACCUUCCGGGAGCGGGUGAGGGCCUUUGCCCAGCAGAUGGUGGCCAACCCCAUUGUGAUCAAGCUGCGUGAGGAGGAGCUGACCCUCACCAACAUCAGGCAGUACUUCAUGGUCUGCCACGGCCGGGAGCACAAGUACAGAGCCCUCUGCAACAUCUAUGGCAGCAUCACCAUCGGCCAGGCCAUGAUCUUCUGCCAGACUCGCAGGAGCACAGAGUGGCUGGCAGCAGAGAUGUGCCAGGAUGGGCACCAAGUGGGCAUCCUGACAGCAGACCUGACGGUUGCCCAGCGAGCCACCAUCAUCCAGCGCUUCCGCGACGGCAAGGAGAAGGUUCUCAUUGUCACCAACAUCUGUGCCAGAGGGAUCGACGUGCAGCAGGUGACUGUGGUGGUGAACUUCAGCCUGCCCAUGAAUGGCAAGAAGGAGCCGGAGCUGGAGACCUACCUGCACCGCAUCGGCCGCACCGGGCGCUUCGGCAAGCAGGGCCUGGCCUUCAGCAUGGUGGAGAGGCACAACCGCUGGGUGAUCGAGGUGAUAGAGAAGCACUUCCGCACCAAGAUCAAACAGCUGGACCCAGACAACAUGGAGGAGCUAGAGGAGCUGGAAAACUGAGUGAGGAGUUGGGAUGUGUUCCCAGGAUUCCAGUUUUGCUUCAGAAUGGAAGGAAAAGUUCCCGGAGAUAUCUCCCAGUUCUCUUUUUGUUGUUGUUUGGUUUUGUUGUGAUGUUGUAGACGGUGGGAGGGAGACAACCUCAAAGCCAACAAUUGUCCUUGGCUUUGUUCCUGGUUCUCUCUCUGAGGUUUUGGGGCUUGAGUGGUUUCAGGUGGGGUCACACUGCCCAAAGCUGGUGGAGAGGUCAGAACACGGAGGGAGAGUUCCGCUGGCAGGCCCCAAAAGUGGGUAGCGGCUCUCCAGGUGGGAAGCAGCUCUGGAGAGCUUCCAUGAGGAAAGAGCCAGGAGGCAGCAGC